GCAGUACACAGAGUGUGUUUGACUAAUAAUCACUGACUUGUGUGCCUAGUCCGAUAUAAACUGUAAUUCCAACUCUUGGUCUCAGCAUGAAUAACGAACACACCAUGUCUUUUGGCCUGGAGCGAUGUUGGAACCGUGAGACGAGCACUGAUUAAAAUGCUCGUAUUCACAAGCAAAGUACCGAUAAGUGUUGCAAACAAUUACGGAAAAAUGCAACUCUGGCUGGAAAUGUAUAACUGGAAUAACAUUUGCUCGCGAUCCGCUGAUCUAAAGGUAUUCCACCUGGAAACUGUAGCACAAACAAUCUAUGCAGAGCCUCGUUGCGACUACAUGUCUCAUUCUGAAAUGGCCGCCCGGGCCAUCGAAUGUGGUAAAUAUCAGCCAUUCUUCAUGGGUUGCUGAUUUCAUUUUCAAAUUUUUGCCAACCCCUUUCCGAUCCCUAAGCACUGAGGCGUCACAAUGCCACAAGAUGAAGCGCUACAAAUAUUCCGGCAGCAGCUACGUACUGUAUUGGACACAGCCGCCCAACAUUCACCAUGCCACGGCGGCAUCUUUUGGGAUAAUGUCAAUCUGGAAAAAAGUCCGCCACCUAUUCUCGGUGAGCCGAAAGAUUUGAAGCAACUAUGGACAUCAUGGACGGACGAAGGCUCUGCCUAUGUACCGUACAUUCCUCCGGAAGGCGUUUUUGCAUUGCCGGAUACAGAAGGCGAAACUGGCAAAGCCGACGCGUGGGCGCUGGGGUGCUUGGCUAUCCAGCUCAUUAACCAGCAGCCAUUAAAACUAAUACGACAAUGGCGCUUCGCUCAAAGCACGGAUGUCCUGCAACUGGAAAAAUCCCUGCUGCCAAAACUAAAGGAGUUUUAUACUGGGGCGGGACAGGAAAAGGGACUGGUCAUUGGUCCGGAAAUGCAACUGCUUCGAACGGUUCCAUGCGCUUGCAAAGAUUUUUUAAGUCACUGUUUGGAGCUGAAUCCAGUUAAACGAUGGAGUUUGCAGAAACUGAGCGGUCAUCCGUUUUUAGAUUUGGGCAAAUCAUUGAAAGACCUUUUUGCGAUGGAUGCCUUGCACUACCAGCAGACACUGCCCUAUAAGGAACCCAUCACAGUUACCAAUGUACGGCCGCAUCCGUUUCUGAAAAAUGACGAUCCAAUGUUGCCGCAUCAGAUCGGGGAAAUGAAGUAUAAAGAAGGCCCUGAUCGUCCUGCGCAGCGCGUGGAUAUUUUGCGGUUCGGGGCAAGUGGCGAAAAACCCAGCGACUUGCAGGAACAUCGUGACUUCUACACGAAAGCCUACGGGAAAUAUAUGGACGCGUUGGAAAUGGAAACAAGUAUGGAUGCACGGAUUCGUGAAUGGGCUGAGGUCUACAAAAUCCGUGCACUGCAGGAAGAGAAUAAAAAUAUUGUCAAACACUUCAGAUGCCGGUUUGUUGCGCCACAAUACCCGGCGUUACCAAUGGAAGUACAGAUUAUUACCGAACAUUGUCCAGGAGGUACGUUUACGAGCGCCGCUGUCUACAAGUUGCCCAUCGGUAUCGCCACGAAAUGGGCGCGCGAAGUAUUGCAAGGACUCACAUACCUACAUGAAAACCGUAUCGUUCAUCGCAACAUUAACAGCAGCAGCAUCUUCUUUAGCGAACCCGAUUUUAAAGGACACGUCAAGAUCGGAGGUUUUCAGUAUAUGCGACAGCUAGAAAAUGAUCGCACUGGAAAACACGACAUCAGCGCUCGCUGUGGAGUGGAUGGGAGGUUCGUCGCACCAGAAAUCGUCAGCUCUUACGCUGACGAUAUCAACAUUGGUAGGAAGUGCGAUAUUUGGAGCUUGGGCUGUGUAGUACUGCAUCUGAUAUCCGGUGACCCACCGCUGUAUACGGGCGCAAAAAAUAAACCGUUGGUGCUAGAAAUGGCAGUUUCUUACCACCUAAACAGCGGAAGCCGAACACUUCCCCACAUUGAUGACUGGAUACCGAAUAAUUUCCGAACCUUCAUCCGGACAUGCUUGGACUUUAAUCCAGAUAACCGCCCGAUAGCGGAGACACUUCUCGAGAUAGUGCAAACCGGGCUGUUUGGUAUAACUGAAUUGGAAGCCAAUAACCACUUCGCACACCGCAAAGGUUUAGAACUCCCCGUGGAUGUCGUCCGGUAUUGGGAGAGUUACGCGUGAUUUACGUACGUUGCUCAGUGCAUUACUUGCACAACUUUGGCACUAGUUUUAUUCGCAGAUUACGUGCAUUUUUCAUUAUGGUUGUGAUGGUGGUAGUUUGCCCUUUUUAACCGGCUGCUAUUAUUUUCUAAUGUUCCUGUAGCUUUGUUUUUACUGUAUUGUUGGUGAUGCGCGCUAAUGUCUUUAGAAUAAAUUUUAGUUUAUCGCCGCUUGUCCAAUUUUUGUGAUUUGUUUUGUGCUGCACACCUGUAAAUCCUUUUGUUUUCAUGUAAAGAACACACAUGUGCGAGUCAGUGCAAGAUAAAAGGCGCAAAAAAAACGAGGAU